AUGUCUGAAUAUUUUAGAAAAUACAUAAAAAAAGAUCACUUUCCAAUUUAGCCUUCAUAGAUUAAGUUUAAAACAAGUUUCAAAAACUGUAUUUUAGAAGCUAUGAAAAAAAGAUAAUGGAAAGAAGGAGAUAAUGAUGAAUGGGAUAUUAAUUGGACAGAAAAAGAAUUUAUAGUAGAAGUACUAGAACAUUUAAAUUUAUUAAAUUAAUAAAAAGUUAAUCAUUUUAGAAAUCAUUAUGAAUUAACAAGAAAAGAUUUAAUGACAAAAAAUAUAAAAAAAUAUAAAAAAGUUUUAGAAAAAGAAGGUAAAAUUGAAGAAUCAUUAACAUAUAAUUUUACACCUCUGACAUAUUAACUUCCAUGCGAAUAUUCUAUUUUUUGUGAAGAAUUUAAAAAAGUAAAUUAAAUAAGUGAAUCUAAAUAAUUAUGGAUAAUGAAACCAAUUGGAAAAUCUUAAGGUAAAGGUAUUUUUAUUUUUAGAAAUAUUAAAGAUAUUUCAUCUUGGAAAAAUUAAUAUAAAUACAAUCCUGAUAAUCCCUCAGCUGAUCCUUAUGUAGUUUAAAAAUAUAUAAGUGAUCCAUUAUUAAUUGGUGGUAAGAAAUUCGAUAUGCGAAUUUACGCAUUAUGUACCUCUUAUUAACCUUUAACAAUAUAUUUAUAUAGAACUGGUUUUGCUAGAUUUACACAUCAUAGAUAUGAUUUAGAUGAUAUUAACAAUGUUUAUGUUCAUUUAACAAAUGUAGCAAUUUAGAAAAAUUCAGAUAAUUAUGAUAAAAAACUGGGAGGAAAAUGGCUUUUAUAAAAACUUAAACUUUUUUUAAUAUCUAAAUAUGGAUAAGAAAAAGUAGAUUAUGCGUUUUUUUAAGUUUAAAAUAUUAUAAUUAAAUCAAUGCUUGCUGUUUAAAAAGUUAUUGUUAAUGAUAAAAGAUGCUUUGAAUUAUAUGGAUUCGAUAUUAUUUUAGAUUCAAGUUUAAAACCUUGGCUUUUAGAAAUUAAUUCAAGUCCUUCUAUGACUGCUAAUACUUAAUAAGAUUCAGAAUUAAAAUAAGGAAUUUUAGAUGAUACUUUUACAAUAAUAGAUUUAGAAAAAGUGUUAACAGGAUAGGAAGAAUAAAUAGGUGGUUUUGAUUUAAUUUAUAAAGGGGAUAUUAUAAAAUUACCAUCUAAUAGUACUUAUAAUACUUUAUUAGGAUCAUAUAAUAAUAGAAUCUAAUAACUUAAAAAAUUAGCAAAAAAUACAGCAUUAAGAUUAGCAAUAUAGCAUUAUGAAAAAUAAUAAAACUAAAUAAAUUAAUCACAAAGAAUAAUUUAAAGUAAUAAAGUGAGCAAAAAUUAAAACCAGAAAGUAUAAAUGCUAUUAAAUAAUAGGGUAAAGUAAAACAUAAUUAUAAAUAAAAGUGGUACAAAAUCUGGAUAUGCGAAGUAUAAUGUAUCAAAAUAAAAUAAUAAUAAUAUUUCUUAAAAAGGAAAAAAACAAAUAAAUAAUUAAUAAAUAAAUUCUUAAAAUAAAAUAGGGAAUUCAUAAAAUGAAAAAAAGUAACAAUAAUUAUUAAUUAAUUAAUAAAAAUUAAUUAAAUAAUAAUAAUUAUAAAAUUAAUAAUAAUAUUAAUUCAUAUAAACUAAAUUAAAUAAUAGUCAGAUUAAUAAAAACAAUAUACUGCUUGAACCUUUAAAUUCAUAAAACAAUAUUGAGAAGUUUGAAAGAUAUAAAAAUGCGGAUGAUUAAUACAAUAAACUAAUUAAUUUAAAUUAGAAAUAAAUUAAUUUAAAUAAUGAUGAAUGA